ACCCGCAUCAGUCGAACACAGGUGAACCCGGGCCCCGCCAUGCGCGGACUUCCAAGGUCGUGCGUGCGCUGUGGAGCGCCGGCCACACGCGCCGCACGGACGGGCGCGGAACGCCGGGGGGAGAGGACGCCUGGGCUAGUGACGGGAGCGCCUCUAGGGGCCGCUCCUGCUACUACGCGAGGCAGGGGCGGGCGCACGCGGCCACUCCGUUGGAUACGAGGCACUCACAACCACACGCGUUCAGUGAUGCCUCUCACCGAAGCAGAGGUUAAGGCCGCCUGCUCGGAGCCCGACCCGGCCACCAAGGAUUUUAUCAUGCAGCACACCAUGUACCGCAUCAAGGACCCCAAGGCCUCGCUGGACUUCUACACGCGCGUGCUGGGCAUGCGGCUGCUGAAGCGACUGGACCUGCCGGCGGCCAAGAUGUCGCUCUUCCUUAUGGGCUACGAGUCGGGCGGCGACAUACCGUCGGACGAGACGGAGCGCACGCGCUGGUGCUUCAGCCGGCGGGCGGUUGUCGAGCUGGCCCACGCCUGGGGCACCGAGUCUGACCCGCAGUUUGCCGGCUACCACAGCGGCAACAGCGAGCCGGCCAAGGGCUUCGGUCACAUCGCACUGGAGGUCCCCGACGUCGACGCCGCCUGCGCGCGGCUCGAGCAGCUCGGCGUCGUCUUCGCCAAGAAACCUAACGAAGGCCUCGUCAAGGCGGUGGCCUUCGUCAAGGACCCGGACGGCUACUGGAUCGAGAUACUGAACUCGACCACGUUGGCUGGCGCGUUCUGAGACUGAGAAUUCUCGUUCUGAGACAUGUCGGAACGUGGAUUUCUGACGAGCUCGGCAGCCACUGCUCGCCAAUGUCUGUUUGUCGCAAUUGCCUGACCAGGUCGUUGCAUUUCAGGAUUUGAAGUCAGUUAUGUCGCCCAUUGUGCAUGGUCGCGAUUUCUGUGAUGGACUAUAACAGUCGAGGCGCCUGAUCAAUAUAUCAAUUUAUGACUA